CUCUCCACCUGCCAAACCGCCAUGUUUAACGGAAUUUUCCUCUCAACCCUAGAAAACCAAAUAAUUAAAAAAAAAAAAACCCUACGCAGUACACCCUCCUCUCUCUCCUCCUUCUCUCUCUCCUCCUGUCUUAAUUUUCCUCUCAAAUCUCAAUCUAGGGUUUUGAAAUCUCCCCCAUUUCUCUCUCUCUCUCUCUCUCGCCCAGUCUUCAAGUCUUAAGCUUUGUCCAAUGAAUGAUUAAGGUUUUUCUGGCUACAAUGAACAAUCUCACUCUCUCUCUCUACUUCUUCUCCCUUGUAAUCCUCUCCGCUUCCUCCGCCUCCGACUCGGAGCUCCGAUCCCUUUACGAAUUCAAGAAAGGGAUCCAAACCGACCCGCUCCGGAAAGUCCUUGACUCAUGGACCCUUAGCUCCCUCUCCAACACUCACUCUUGCCCUCCCUGGACUGGCGUUUUCUGCGACACCACCGGCAAUGUCGUUGCCUUAGCUCUCGACCAUCUUGCCCUCGGCGGCGAGCUCAAGUUCAACACUCUCACUGGACUCACUGCAUUGCAAAACCUCACCCUUUCUAACAACGACUUCACGGGUCGGGUCCCGCCGAUUCUCGGCACAAUGUCAUCUCUCCAGCACCUGGAUCUAUCUGGGAACCGCUUCUACGGCCCGAUCCCGGCCCGGAUAUACGACUUGUGGGGCUUGAAUUAUCUCAACCUGUCUGCCAAUCACUUCAAAGGCGGGUUUCCGGAUCGGUUGUGGAAUCUCAAUCAGCUCAAAGUGUUGGAUUUGCAUUCCAAUCAGCUGUGGGGCGACAUUGCUGAUUUGUUCUCGCGAUUGCACAAUGUGGAAUACGUUGACUUGAGCAGGAACGAGUUUUUCGGAGGGCUUUCGCUUGCUUCGGAGAAUGUUUCGAGCUUAUCCAACACAGUGCGGUACUUGAACUUGAGCUACAAUAAGCUUGCUGGUGGGUUUUUUAAGUCUGAUUCAAUUGGGUUGUUUAGGAACUUGCAAGUUUUGGAUUUGGGUAACCAGAUCACAGGGAAGCUCCCUUCAUUUGGGUUGUUGCCGAAUUUGCGGGUUUUGAGGCUCGGGAGUAAUCAGUUGUUUGGGGAAAUACCGGAGGAGUUGUUUGAGAGUUCCAUGACAGUGGAGGAAUUGGAUCUUAGUGGCAAUGCUUUGACAGGUUCCAUUCAUGGAAUUAACUCUACAACUUUGAAAGUCUUGAAUCUUUCGUCAAAUGGUUUGUCUGGCACAUUGCAGAAUGUGGAUAUGAGGAGUUGUGUAGUGGUGGAUCUCAGUGGAAAUAAGAUCUCAGGUAACAUAUCCAUUGUGCAGGAUUUGGGGGCUGCUUUAGAAGUGCUUGAUUUGAGUUCAAAUAAGUUUUAUGGAAGCUUUCGACAGUUGACAUCACAGUUUGAGAAAUUAAGUACGCUUAGUCUAAGAGAUAAUUUAUUAGUUGGUCCUUUACCUUCAAUCUUGAAGGCCUGUCCUAGACUCUCGACAGUUGACUUGAGCCUAAAUGAUUUCAGUGGGUCCAUUCCUGGAAGUUUCCUCUCUUCAACGACCCUAAAGAGACUGAAUCUUUCAGGGAAUCAUUUAAUUGGGCCAAUUCCUCUUGAAGUGGCAUGUAUGUAUCUCUACCUCCAGAUUUGCCGAUUGAGACUGAUCUCUCCCAUCUUUACGGCGCCGCUAAAUGAACAGGGUGGAACUCAAAUUGCUUUACCAAAGACAACAAAUUUUCAGCCGAGUGAACUGAGCAAACUUAGUAAAUUGGAGUACCUUGAUUUAUCAGACAACAAAUUCGAAGGUGGAAUUCCUCAGAAGCUUCCAUCCAGCCUAAGUGUAUUUAAUGUUUCCAUAAAAUAUUAUCAAUGUGGUAAGAGGUGGAAGUGUGGGUGUGAGCUAUGCUCUGUCACCUACUUGUGGGUGAUGCUACUCUCCUUCCUUGUUAUGAACAUGAUUGAUGUUCACGAGAGUGGACUUCUGGAUAAAGCUUGUUUCCUUUGUUCCGAAUUGUCUGAGCGUUUUUUCGCUUAUUUUCCAAGUAUGCAUCUGUAUUAUGCAGAGACCACACCUCGAAGGUACUCUCGAUUAUCGUUCAAGCAGAGGCUAAAGGUUGCUGUGGAGGUCGCUCAGUGUUUGCUUUACCUACAUGAUAGAGGCCUGCCCCACGGGAACCUAAAGCCAAGUAAUGUGCUCCUGGCAGGUCCUGAUUACAGUGCUCACCUAACUGAUUAUAGUCUUCACCGUCUGAUGACACCUGCUGGUAUCGCCGAACAGAUUUUAACUAUGGGAGCACUUGGAUACCGUGCUCCAGAGCUUGUCACCGCAACCAAACCAGUCCCUUCUUUCAAAGCUGAUGUGUAUGCUUUUGGGGUGAUUUUGAUGGAAUUGUUAACCAGAAGAAGUGCAGGAGACAUUAUAUCGGGACAGUCGGGGGCGGUUGACCUCACAGACUGGGUUCGGCUGUGUGAUCGAGAAGGACGAGGAAUGGAUUGCAUUGACAGAGACAUUGCUGGUGGGGAAGAACCCUCGAAAGCAAUGGAUGAAUUGCUAGCAAUAUCGCUCAGGUGUAUUCUACCUGUAAAUGAGAGGCCUAACAUCAGACAAGUCUUUGAGGAUGUCAAUUCUAUAUCCAGUUGAAGUUUUUGUACAUGCGUCUUGGAAUUAGCUUUUUUUUUAUUUGUUCCUUGACCCCUUUUGUUUUUUGGUUUUUUAUUUUUAUUUUUAUUUUUUCACCCCUUAUUAUUAUUAUUUUUUCCUCCUUAAUUGGUUUCUAGCCUUUUGACUUUGGGCUAUUAUUAAUUGUCACAUUUUUUCCUGUGAAAUUUUUCUUGUAAAGGAAUAUUUAACCUAUCCAUUUAUCACUUGAUCGUGUUUUGAUUUUGAUAUUUAA